GUCGUUUGGCUCGUCAGCAGGACCCUCCUCCACCUCCCUCCCCCCCCUCUCUCCUUCCUCUGCCUCCGUCCGUCUCUUCUUCACGUCCUCUCCUUCACACCACUGAUCCUGAGCUCUGAGGAUGGAGACAUCAGUGAAAGCAACUGAGGUGUUGGUGCCGCCCCAGUCGGACAUGGCUUCCUCCUCCUCCUCCUCCUCUCCGGACACUGUUGGUGAGGCGGCAGCUCCUCCUGCAGCCUGCGGCUCCUCCUCCGUCAACCCGAUGGAGGAGUUCAACAGGCGGCUGGAGGACAUCAUCAGCACCUACGGAUCUGCAGCCAGCGCGCUGGACAAACAGAGUCUGAUGGAGGUGGAGUCAGAAAAGACGAAGACGGAGGCAAAGGCUGACAUCGCGGUUGCCAUGGAGAAAGAAGAGUCUCUCAUCAUGCAGAGUCUGAAAAAUAUCUCUUCUCCAGAAAAGAAACUGAAGGAGCUGGUCAGGAAAUACGCUGAACUGGCAGCCUUGCGGCACAGUGAUGAGAAGAAGCUGUGUGUCCUGCAGCAACUGCAGGCUGAAAGUCAGCGCAGCAUCACAGCCCGCAGCAAGCUGGAGACUCUGUGCCGAGAGCUGCAGGGACACUACGACACACUGAGGGAAGAGACCCUUCAGCGCUGCAGGGAGGAUGAGGAGAAGAGACAAGAGAUGGCCAGCCACUUCCAGGCGAAGCUGACGGAAAUCCAGGCCCAGAUCGAGCAGCACAGCGUCAGAAACGACAAGCUGUGCCACGAAAACACCAACCUGACCAACAAACUGGAGGGUCUCAUGAACCAGUGCGAGCUGAGGGAGGAGAGUUUGGAGAAGAUCAACGACCGCCGCGACCUGCAGCAAAAACUGACCGACGCCAAACUGCAGCAGGCCAACGCUCUGCUGGCCGAGGCCGAGGAGAAACACAAGAGAGAGAAAGAAUACUUGCUUAGGGAGGCUAUUGACAAAACAAAGAAAUGCUUCGCUAUGAAGGAGCAGGAGCUGGCCAUGAAGAAGAAGCUGACGCUGUACGCUCAGAAGUUCGACGAGUUUCAGGCGACUCUGGCGAAAAGCAACGAAAUCUACACCCGCUUCAAGAAGGAGAUGGACAAUAUGUCAGAUAAGAUGAAGAAAAUGGAUAAAGAGUCAAAUCUGUGGAAGCAGAGGUUUGAGAACUGCAACAAGGCUCUGACGGACAUGAUUGAGGAGAGAGCAGAAAAAGCCAGAGAGUACGACCUGUUCGUCCUGAAGAUUCAGAAGCUGGAGAAGUUGUGUAAUAUCCUCCAGCAGGAGAGGGUCGUCCUCUAUGCCAAGAUCAAGCAAGUCCGCACCGCCAACUCCAACAUCCCAGCGAGGGUGUUUGGCAGCUCUAACCCUGAUGAUGUCCCUGAUGUUGAAGAUGCUGAUAAAUCCGCCCCGCUGACCCCUGUGGAGCUCCAGGAGAUCCAGGAGGACGACCCGGUCCUAACAGAGGACAUGAGCCGUCUGCGGGAGCAGCAGACCAAGCUGCAGGAGUUUGCCGACUCCUUGUUGGCUUCCACCAGUGACAACGACGAUGAAAAGGAGAAGGAUGAUUUGGACACUGAAGAGGAUUUGAUGGCUUCUGCAUUCGGCCAGUUCACAACCAAAACUAAGGUCAAGAAGGAGGUGGUUUCGGUCCCUGAGCAGGUCGCGGAAGUGAUCCCAAAGCCAGCCGUGUCGCCACCAGAAGCUCUAACACCUGUGGAGAACGCUUCUGAAACGACGCCCGCAAACACAAAACAAGAAGCAGCACAAGUUCGUCCCCAGGUGGAGGAGAAAGAGGCGGAACCAGUGAAACCGGCUGAGGAGAUCCAGCAGAAGCCCGCUGAAGCGACGUCAGAUCCUGAGAGAGUCGAGACCAAUCCACCAGCUGACCUGAAGACAGAAGCCGUAGAGGCUGAGAUGUCAGUCGAGACCGGCGAGGUCAAACCAGUGGUCCCAGUGGAAGAGGAGAAGGUCCAGGCUGAACCAGCACAAGUGCCAGAAGAAGCAUCAACCAAGACAAAGUCGGAAAAAUCACCCGAAGCGACUGCCUCCUCCAAUGCCAGCUCUUCUAAGAAGCAAACACCAAAGAAGAAGAAGAAGAGGACCGCCAAGAACGCGAGCUAAAGCUGACGACGUGCAGGAGGCUGUGUGUGGUGUUACUUGAGAAUAGUGCGUGUGGUUGUGUAGCUGAAACUUUGUGGAGGUUUUGUGCCUUUUGUAACGGUUUAAAUCUUUAGUUUGUCCCAAACGGCACAGCUGAAGUUUGCAAUAUUGUUUCCUCAAGAUUCGGCGUUGCCAGAUGAGGACGGACAAAUAAAGCAACUGUAUUUUCCAGUUUAAACUUCUGAAUGAAGGCGAGGUUUGGUCUCAGGGUGGGAAUGAAACGUCUUACUGAAGUACAAUAAAGUCUGUUUCUGCCAGAAAACUCUUGUUUCAACAAAAGUGCCAUACAGAGUAAAAGUGUCCAAAACACUGAAAAACUAAUCAUUGGUUGUAUCUAUGGAGUCAACCCAUGAUGCAUUACAGUAACUCCAAUAAAGAGAUUUCGACAAUUUUA